AUGGCUGAUGAUUGGAGACCUAAUGAAACGCUCAGCGAAGAGCGAGAAUCACAACAGCCAGAACAAGCACAAUGCAAGCCGCUAAAGGAAUCAAACAAUGAGAAAUUCGAUCACGAAGAGAAUUCGACUGACGAUUGGCGUCGUCGUCCCUUAAACGAUACUCCAUCGGAGGGCAGUCUGGUGGCUACAAGUAACGAGAGCGGAAGCACUGUGUCGGAUGCGGAUCGUGAACGUUCGAGUGAAUCGUCGGUUAUCUCGGAACGAUACGAUGAUCGGACAUUUGAAGGUGAGGAGUUGGAUGAGGGCUAUGAGGAGAAGGCGAUCAACGAGGCGGAUUUCGAGGCCGACGAAGAGUUCGUCGAUGAAUCGUACUGGAAUGAAAUCCUAGCCAAAGAAGCCGAGCAGGCUCUUCAACGGUCGCAUAUAUCACAUCCGGCAUUCUUUCUCGACGACUCGACUCGUUUCGGCCCAAACGUCACCGUUCUGUCGUCAACGACAUCCAAUGAUAAUCUGGAAUUUGCUAUAAAGACGGCUGCAAAAACCCUCGAAAGAUACGCAAACAAUCAAAUGCUCCAGGCGCGCUUGAUAAAAAAACACUGCGAGGAGCAAUUCGGCACUUUUUGGCACUGUGUCACUACGAGUGGGAAUAUGGCAGUGUUCAGUCGUAACGAAGAACAUAUUCAUUUCGUUUUCAAGCAAACCACAAUUUAUUUGUUCCGUCAUGAACCCUAUGAACCGGAUGCAGCCCAUAUUAAGCGUAUGAAGAAUCCAGACAAAACGGUUAUGCAAAUCCCACUUCCUAGCAGUGAUCAAUGUACAAUCAUUACGAAUGGAAUGAAUCUCGAGAAACAGCAGUAUGCGAUACGUCUUGCAAUCAACGCGCUUGAAUCAAUGUCAGUUAAUUCUGUAAUUCCUUUCUGA